CACGUUCGCAACGACAUUCUCCAAACGUUGCGUACGUUAAUCCAUUGCUCUACCAAGCUUCUGAUUCGGUAUCAACCACGGCCGCCAACCCGAAACCUUUAAAAUCAGUCGUUGAACCCCCUCAGGCUAAAGCCAAGAACAGAAAGCGUAAAGGGAAGGGAGAAAAGGUCCUGUCCGAAAGUGGAGAUGUGACUCCAAUGGCAGGUAGUUCAAACCAAGUUUCCGAUCUUAACAUGUUAUUUGCCAAACUGGUUCAACCACCGACUUCUGGGGCGGAAGCAAGCUCAGAGGUUAGGUCAAGUUUGGCGUCGUCCAAAAAACGCGUCCCUUCGUUUCUGGAGACUCUGAUGGGUUCUCCAGAACCCACCGCGAUUCCUGCUACGAAGACUGCCUCCCAUCAACCACCCGCCAACGAGCCCAAAUCAACGAAAAUCACUCUCGAGGGCUUAUUUGCUUCCGCAUUAAAUCCGACCAGCGAUAAUACAGCAUAUGAUCCCCAAAAGAACCAAUACAAGCCAGAGAGCUACAUAUGGGACCAUCGUCAGCAAUCGUUCCCAGAUGUUGACAAUUCUAUGACGCUUGCUACAACCCAGACCAGCGGAGUUCCACUUCGUCAGAUUGUUUCAACUUCGGAAAACACGGGAAUGGCGUUGCUUAACGAUAUCUUUGCUUCAGCUUCCGCGACAGGGCUUACAUCGUCUAUCAUCGCACCAUCCGAUCCAAUCUCGUUCCAAAAUAAUGCCUCCUCCGCAUCUAAUCAGUCUACCUCUCCCCUCCCAACAAAUACAAGCAAACACGCCGACGAGCCGGAGACCAUUGAGAUAUAUUCUCCUCGACCGAAGGCUCCGCUCAGUCUGGCUUCCAUGUUUGACGCCGCCGUCCGCGAUGCCACUCCUUCUCCAUCCACCGAGCUUGGCCUUGGUCUAAGUUUGGAUGGUAUUCAGGAGAAUGUAAGGCAGGGGAACCAGAUGAUGCUGACAACGCAAGUCCUGAACACCUUGCUAGGAACAGGCGGGUCGAUGGAUUUAAGCACGCAGGAUUAUAGGUCGAACGGACACGUGAUCGCAGAAGCGGAUACCAAUUCAUACGCUACCGCGGAGGUGAAUGCCGAGCCAGAGGAAAUUAGAAGAAAGUUGCUGGAUAUGAUAGGCUUAGGAACGGCAUCUCUCCCUCAUCCUCCAGCAACAAACGGCGAUGCAACGCCUCGUGUCCUGCUCAAAUAUAUCCCAACACUCUCAUCGAACUCUCUUCCUACAUCGGCGGAAUUCCUCAAACAACCUACGCAAACCGCCGAUGUCUCCUUUGCAGAGACAGACUAUGCGUUUAAUGAAGGCGAUGAUGAUGACGAGGCUAUCGUCGAGCUCGAUUUCUCGGAUACCCGAGCUUUGUCUGACCUCCGCGCCUUUGAAAAUAGAGAGCGAGCGCUCCGGGAGCAGCUUGUUGAGCGGAGGGCGGCCAGUCGAAGUGCAAGCAGAUCAACUACUCCUGCUGUAAUCAAUCAUGGACCGAUCCCAAACAAAGCGAAAAUCAACCUCAGAGGACCUGAUGUCAAUGGAGUGGACUUGAAGACCGAGGCCCAUGACUUUGCUUUAAAUGGCGAAAACCGUUAUGCUCCAUACGCAUCAUCUCCGUCCACUGCUCUACCGUCUACUUUGCCACAGAUUACUUCUUCCAAAGUAACCCUUCAUCCUGUGACUCCCGCAGAAAUGCCACGAAAGAUCUCGGCACCGAUUGCUGACACACCCGUUACACCUCCUGUGCCAACUACUAUAGCUCAAAAGACACCAACUGGAUCCCCUUCUAAGAAGAAAACUCGCCGUGGCCGAGGGAGAGGGAAAGAAAAGGAGCGAGAAAGUAGACAAGGAUCUCCCGUUCCCAAUAUACAAAGUGAAUCUAUUUCGCAUGCCAUGGGAAGUGUAACAUCUGAGGAUAUCGACGGUCAACCAGAUGUCGAAACGAAGGGGAUGGCGAUGGAGGAGUUAUCAGUACCCUCUUCAUCAUCCCACAAUCACGACUUACUCAUAGAUUCGGAGGUGUCUUCGCAAAUAAAUGCUUCUUUAUCAUUUGUGCUUUCGGGAAAAGAUAAAUAUCAGGUAAAUAAUAGAGACGAGUUGGCGGAACUUGCGACGAGGCUACUUCAGACGGACCGAAAUUUUGUGGAUGAGUUGUGGCGGGCUUGGAAAGGCUCAAAUGAGAAGUUUGCUACUAUCUCUGAAGGGAACAUUUCAACGGUCAUAGCAAGUAUGACUUCCCCCGUUGAGGCUUUCGACACCAGUACAGAAAAUGGAGAUCAAAAAUCGGAAUCCCCUUAUCCAACUUUACCUCAUAUAGCGCUCACCCACAGCGCACCAGCAAAAUUACCGACGUUGAUUGAUGGUUCAAGUAGCGUACUAUUUGACGCCGUCCGCCCAGUAUCCCCACAGUCAAAUUUUCAGCAUACCCUCUCUGGAUUACCUAGCCCAGCUAUCAUCAAUAAUGGGAAGGUUAUAGAAGCCGAAAGGCAAUGUGAUUCCGCAAUCAUAGAAGAGGAAAAUUCCCCGGACACGGUGGACUUUGGGGACGCAGACGAGAGCCAUGUCGUUGAGAGAUUGCUUUGAUUUUUAGUCUGCUUUAUUCAUUCCACUUUUCUAUCGCAGGACCGACUUACACAACAAUGCUUUGUUUGCCUAAUGCAUAUAUCGUUCGCUAUCUAGUUGUUGCCUCAUUUACGUUCUGUUCUGCAUUUGAAUAAUUGUACCUACUGUCUCACAUAUCAAUGGUUGUAUCACUUCUGAUCUGUAUCGUCCUUUUCAUGUAUCAUUUUUUUCUUGGAGGUUUUGUACAUGUACUUCUACCCUCUACGCUCGUGGGGGCAUACAUAUGU